CUGUGAGGGUCCAGAGGUUGUGUGGGGUUCUGUGAGCUGGUGGACGUGGACCCGAGCUGAGUUCACUCAUCGUCCAGGAGCAGCUUUGUCAUGUGUUUGUUUGUUUUCAGAGAUCAUGUGAUCAGUUGCGGGGUGGGGGGGUGUUCGGACUUUGAACUUCUGGGUCCACAGAGAAGGUUUUGAUCAAAUCCAUGAUGUGGCUGAGACUCGUCCUCGUGGUCGUCUUCUGCGUGUUCAGCUGUCAGCCGGCAUCAGUCUUCCUGGAUCCAGAUGGAGCCCACGCGGUCCUGGUCCGGACUCGGAGGUAUAACUCAGGCUGGCUGGAGGAGCUGCAGAGAGGAGAUCUGGAGAGGGAGUGUCUGGAGGAGAAAUGUACCUUUGAGGAGGCCAGGGAGGUUUAUGAGCACACCGAGACCACGAAUGAGUUUUGGAGGAUGUACAAUGUCCCGGACAGCUGUGCCUCAAACCCGUGCCAGAAUGGCGCCACCUGCUCAAUUCAGGGUUCAUCCUACACCUGCUUUUGUCUGCCACAGUUUGGCGGCCGCAACUGUGAGCUCGACCGCCAGGCCGCCUUUGACUUGUGUCUGCUGGAGAACGGCGGCUGUGAACAUUUCUGUGAGGAGGAUGAGGGAGGACGAAGACUAAACUGUUCCUGUGCGGACGGAUACUUCCUGGACGCUGAUGGGCGGAGCUGCACGGCUCAAGAGUCCAUUGCAUGUGGGAUGGUUCCAGUUCUUCAGGGCAGAGAUGAAGCUGCACAACUCGACCCUCGUGCUCGAAUCGUCGGAGGAAGCGAGUGUCCCAAAGGUCACUGCCCCUGGCAGGUUCUGCUGGUGUAUAAAGACAAAGGGUUCUGUGGAGGCAUCAUUUAUAAACCCACCUGGAUCCUCACAGCAACUCACUGCAUGAAGGACACAGAAAUUCAGUUCCUGAAGGUGGUUGCAGGGGAGCACGACACGGAGAAGGACGAGGGCACGGAGCAGCACAUCCAGGUCACUGACAUCAUCACCCACGAGCACUACGUCCCGCUCACCGCCAACAACGACAUUGCCCUCCUCCGGCUGGCGGAGCCCAUUGUCUACUCGCCGUACGCCGUCCCAGCCUGCCUGCCCACACAGCCACUGGCUGACCGUGACCUGUGGGCGGUCAGCAUGCACAUGGUGAGCGGCUGGGGGAGGCGGAGCGAGAACGGCCCGACCUCGCGCAUCCUACGCCGGCUUCAGGUGCCACGGAUCCGAACGCAGCAGUGCCAGGAGGAGAGCGGCGUCGUGCUAACCAAGAACAUGUUCUGUGCCGGGUACAUCGAGGGCAAACAGGACUCCUGCAAAGGCGACAGCGGUGGGCCGCUGGUGACGCGGUACAAGAAGACCGUCUUCCUGCUGGGCAUCGUCAGCUGGGGGAAAGGCUGCGCCCGACCGGGAAACUACGGCAUCUACACCCGGGUGUCCAACUACCUGGAGUGGAUCCACAACCGAACAGCGACGCCCGACCUACAGACCAACCACACGGAGGCGCUGAAGCACAACAUGACGGCCUGAGGGUUCGCAACAAACCGCGACAAAACUCUGCCUUCUAAGUAAUCUCUAUAAACACUGUUGAACUUAUAAAAGUUACAUUAGUUUUGAGACA